AUGCGGGCGGGGAUGAUGGCCAAUGGGAGUGGGACGGGGGACGAAAGCGCCCCUGAUGGGCGAACUGACGGGCCUCUGGGCCAACCGGAGCGUGGCGGGGUUUGUUGCCACGGUGCCCCAGGCCCGGUCCGGCCCGUCAGCGUUGCGUCCCGCAGGGAGAAGAAGUGGGUGACGGUGGGCGACACGUCCCUCCGGAUAUUCAAGUGGGUGCCUGUGGCGGACAGUAAGGAGAAAGAGAAAUCCAAAUCGAGUAGCAGCACAGCCCGAGAACCCAAUGGCUUCCCAGCUGACACCUCUGCCAACUCCUCCCUCCUUCUGGAGUUUCAAGAUGAGAACAGCAACCAGAGCUCCCUGUCUGACGUGUACCAGCUCAAGGUGGACAGCAGCCCCAACUCCAGCCCCAGUCCCCAGCAGAGUGAGUCCAUGAGUCCUGCCCACACGUCUGACUUCCGCACAGAUGACUCUCAGCCUCCUACCCUGGGGCAGGAGACCCUGGAAGAGCCCUCCCUGCCUUCCUCAGAAGUGGCAGAUGAGCCUCCCACUCUUACAAAGGAAGAGCCAGUCCCCCUUGAGACUCAGGUAACUGAAGAGGAGGAGGACUCUGGUGCGCCACCUCUAAAGAGAUUUUGUGCUGACCAGAACUCUGUGUGUCACACGGCCUCGGAGAGCUAACCUGCAUGGCCCGGCUCCUUCGCCAGCCCCUUGCAGAGCCGCCUGGCCUCCCAGGACCAGCGCUUUCCCUCCAGCCUGCCCCUUCCCCAGUGUCGGGGCUCUUACCACUCACAUCAAGCGUGCCCUUCCCUGCCCUGCCCUGCCCUGCCUGACGGAUGGCGCUGCUGCCAGUACCUGCAAA